AUGGCAGUGGAGGCGGAGCUGCUGGCCUCGCUGCUUCAGGACACGCCGGCUCCCGAGAGUCGUCUACUGAGCGCCUGCCUGCAGUUUCGGGUGUCGCUGGAGGAGGUGGAGCCGCUGGUGUUGCCGCCCUGGGCAUUGGACACUGCCUUCCCCUCCCGGGAGGUGUUCUUCAGCUGCCUGAGCCUGGAGGACUGCUUUCAGCAGUGGCCGCCACAGGCCGAGACCGGAGGCUUCCCAGGCACGGUGCGCAACCGCGGCGGCGGGAUCUUCUUCGGCGAAUUUGGGAAGACCUCCAGCGACGGUCUGCCACUCUUCCAGCAGCGCUCGGUGUGCAGCUUUUCCUGCCGCUGGGCUCAGCUGCUCGAUGGCACCGUGCUGGCGCGACUCAUGAGCUCGGACCUGUCGGGCCUUUGCCUGCACCGGCUGAUGGUGCCAGAGCGCUUCCGGGCGACACAGGCGCUGCUGACAGCUCUGCGGCGGGUCCUUUGGAGCCCACGGUACGCAUGGAUCUUCCCUGCGUGGCAUCAACACCGUAUGGCCCUGGUCUCCUGGCUCGGGAAGGAGCUGGGUUUCGGCGCCUUGUGGGCCGAAAAGGUGGUGCCCUUUUUGCCCAUCGAGCCUUUCUUCCCCGGGCCGUGA